CUUGGACCCGCUGAUAACGCAAGCAACCGUCAGCGGAUGCUAAAUGUCACCGAUCCGCGGAGGAAAAGUUUUAUCAUGGAUUGAUGUUACUCGGUUUAUCAUCGAUCGCGUUUUGCUUUUCGCAUACGUGGCUAACAUAUACACGCUAGUGACACGAAACCGGCAGAAUCUGCUUAUCUUUUGGAUGGUGCUCAGCUUUCUUGAAAACAUCGUUUUAGAAAUCGUCGUGAUUGUCAUCACUUUCUUGCUGUGGCACAAGAAAAGCGACGUCUCGACGUCGCGCCUCGUUGAGUUUAUCGCGGAAAAAACGAUAUGUCUAGUGUUCUCGAUUUACAAGUGGUGCAUGACCCUCAAGUGGUACAUGCAGCUGCGGACGCUAAAAAAAAUCCACAGAUUUACGAUGAUCGCACGGAGAAGUAUCGCGACUAUCACCAAUGUUCCCGGUAGAGUCGGUCGCUCUUUGGAUGACGAGUGUCUCGGAGCAGCGAUAGUUAGACGAGGCAAAUACGCAAGUUUGUUGAAUCUGGACAGAUUCUCCGCGGAGUCGCCCAGCAGAGCGUACUUCAAGUCCUUGACGACUCUGAUCACCGAUGACAUUCGCGAUCCGAACGAUGUGAACGAUUACGAUUCGGACGCCAACGAUUUGAGCGUGGCUGAAAAGUCAAUGAAGAUGUUGAACGUAACCGCGGAGGAUGUGAUGGAUGCGCGUGCGAGGAUACAGGAACGAUUCUAUUGGGAGGAGCAAGGCGCGAAGACACCUGAAGCAAUAGAAGAAGUAAUGGCACAGUUUUCUUUGGGAAAGGAUAGAGAAGAAAUGAUUGAUUCAUCGGAAAAUGAAAAAAUGGCAAAAAAUGACUUAAAAAAACUCACGUUUUGAGGGAGGAAGACAUUAAAGGAUCGGAUAAUCAUCUUCCGAUGAUGAAAGAAGAACAAAAGGAUGACAAAAUUGUCUCAGUUGACAAAAAGAAACAGAUUUUGAUUGGAAAUCAGAAAAAUGUUCCAUUGAUAAAAAAAGAAGUCGAUAUCGAUAAAGUAGAUGAUCAUACAAAAUUAACAGAAUCUUAUGGGACACAAAAGGAA